GGACAGGCACCCGGCAAAGAAAUCUGCAUUAAAGUCUGCUCACCUGGGGUUCUUCAAGUAAACACUCAACAUGGGGGAUUCGGAAAUGGAGUGUUUUGGCCCGGCGGCCAUUUACCUCCGGAAGCCAGCACGAGAGAGAAUUCAGGCUCAAACAACUCCCUUUGAUGCUAAAACAGCUUUCUUUGUGACCGAGCCUGCGGAGAUGUUCCUAAAGGGGAAACUUACGAAGAAAGAGGGAGGCAAAGCCACCGUGGACACCCUCUGUGGAAAGACUAUCACUGUUAAAGACACUGAAAUCUUCCCCAUGAACCCUCCAAAGUACGAUAAGAUUGAGGACAUGGCCAUGAUGACCCACCUCAGUGAACCUUCUGUGCUGUAUAACCUCAAAGAGCGCUAUGCAGCAUGGAUGAUCUACACCUACUCAGGGCUGUUCUGCGUCACUGUGAACCCCUACAAGUGGCUCCCAGUGUAUGACUCAAAGGUUGUCAAUGGAUACAGAGGCAAAAAGAGGAUUGAGGCUCCACCCCACAUCUUCUCCAUCUCUGAUAACGCCUAUCAGUUCAUGCUCCAAGAUAGAGAAAACCAGUCCAUCCUUAUUACUGGAGAAUCCGGUGCAGGAAAGACUGUCAACACCAAACGUGUCAUCCAGUACUUUGCGACAAUCGCAGUGGCUGGAGGAAAGAAAAUGGAGCAAGCUAGCAAGAUGAAGGGGUCACUGGAAGAUCAAAUCAUUGCAGCAAACCCACUGUUGGAAUCUUAUGGUAACGCCAAAACAAUUAGGAAUGACAAUUCUUCGCGUUUUGGCAAAUUUAUCAGGAUUCACUUUGGAACAACUGGAAAGCUGGCUUCAGCUGAUAUUGAAACAUAUCUGCUGGAGAAGUCUCGAGUGACGUUCCAGCUGUCUGCGGAGAGGAGCUACCACAUCUUCUAUCAGCUGAUGACCGGCCACAAACCUGAGAUACUAGAGGCUCUCCUGAUUACGAAAAAUCCAUAUGACUAUCACAUGAUCAGUCAGGGGGAAAUCACCGUCAAGAGUAUAGAUGACAUUGAAGAAUUCAUCGCCACUGAUGCUGCUAUUGACAUCCUCGGCUUCACUUUAGAUGAGAAGGCAAGCAUGUACAAGCAGACUGGAGCUGUGAUGCAUCACGGAAACAUGAAGUUUAAGCAAAAGCAGCGUGAAGAGCAGGCCGAGCCCGAUGGCACUGAGGUGGCUGAUAAAAUCGCCUACCUCAUGGGUCUGAACUCAGCUGAUCUGCUAAAAGCACUAUGCUACCCCAGAGUAAAGGUCGGAAAUGAGUAUGUGACCAAAGGUCAAACUGUCUCUCAGGUGAACAAUAAUGUCAGUGCUCUCUGCAAGUCUGUCUAUGAGAAGAUGUUCUUGUGGAUGGUCAUCAGAAUCAAU